AUGGCAGAGGUCGAUCUAACGAAGAAAGUGGCCGAUAGAUAUCUGAAGCGCGAGGUCCUCGGUGAAGGUACCUACGGAGUCGUCUACAAAGCCAUUGAUACUCAGACAGGACAGACAGUUGCCAUUAAAAAAAUUCGGCUUGGGAAGCAAAAGGAAGGGGUGAAUUUUACAGCACUUAGAGAAAUUAAACUGUUAAAAGAGCUGAAAGAUCCAAAUAUAAUUGAGUUGAUUGAUGCAUUCCCCCAUAAAGGAAACUUGCAUCUAGUAUUUGAGUUCAUGGAGACAGACCUUGAAGCUGUUAUACGUGACCGAAAUAUAUUCCUAUCACCAGCUGACAUUAAGUCAUAUCUUCAGAUGACUUUAAAAGGACUUGCUUUUUGCCACAAGAAAUGGGUUUUACACAGGGAUAUGAAGCCUAACAACUUGUUGAUAGGACCUAACGGACAGCUUAAACUUGCAGAUUUUGGUUUAGCACGAGUAUUUGGGAGCCCAGAUCGCAGGUUCACUCAUCAGGUCUUUGCUAGAUGGUAUAGAGCACCUGAGCUGUUGUUUGGCACCAAGCAAUAUGGGUCUGGGGUGGAUGUUUGGGCUGCAGCUUGUAUAUUCGCUGAACUUCUCCUACGCAGACCAUUUUUGCAGGGAUCAAGUGAUAUUGAUCAACUAGGUAAAAUUUUUGCGGCUUUUGGGACUCCAACACCUUCUCAAUGGCCUGAUAUGGUAUUUCUUCCUGAUUAUGUGGAAUACCAAUAUGUUCCAUCACCCCCUUUGCGGUCAUUGUUUCCAGUGGCUAGUGAUGAUGCCCUGGAUUUGUUAGCGAAAAUGUUUACUUAUGACCCAAAAGUUAGGAUAUCCGUGCAGCAGGCAUUAGAGCACAGGUACUUCACAUCUGCGCCUCUGCCUACUUAUCCAGAUAAACUUCCUAGACCUGCUCCAAAGCGAGAAUCUGUCAAUUCUAAGGUUUCAGAUUUUAAUCCAAAUGAUGGUCCUACUGUGUUAUCACCUCCACGAAAGUCAAGGAGAGUGAUGCCAGAUCGUGAGGGUUAUGAAGGAAAUGCAUACCAAGGUGAUAGGAUUGAUGAUCGUGUUGGUGAAACCAGACAGGCUGCUGGUGAAAAUACAAGCAGGAAUGAACCGGUGCCGAUGUCAGUAGAUUUUUCUAUCUUUGGAGCAAAACCUCCAAAUAGACCUACAAUUACUAGUGCUGACAGAACGCAUCUAAAGAGGAAACUAGAUCUUGAAUUCCAACAGCCUGAAUAA